AUGACUGCCUUUACACUCUACGGCGCUUGUGGUUCGACCAAUACCGAUAGAGUCCGUCUGACACUUGCCGAAGGUGGUUUUACAGACUAUGAAUUUGAUCUUCUUGACCUUGCCAAGGGACAACAGAAGUCGACUGACCAUUUCAACCGUCACCCAUGGGGCAAAGUUCCAGCAAUUGAAUUCUCUAAUGGCUUCACCCUUUACGAAAGCCGCGCCAUUUGCAAAUACCUGUCCAAGAAAUACAAUUUCCCUCUCCUCCCUUCAGAGUCCGAUAUUGAAGCCACAGCACUCUUUGAACAAGCACAAUCAGUAGAGAUGCAGUACUUUGCAGAACCUGCUGGACGCAUUGCUUUCGAAAAGUUUGCCAAAAAGUUCAUUGGUUUACCUCCCAACGAACAAGUCAUUACGGAUGCUCUCAAGGCUGUUGAAGCAUAUUUCGAUGUGGCCGAAAGGCUUUUAUCAGACAAAGACUACAUGGCUGGAGAUGUAUUCACGCUUGUGGAUAUUUACUACGUGCCUUUGGUUCAAAGAUUGUUUGUCUGUGGGUUUGGUAAUGUCAUUACAGAGAGACCAGCUGUGAGAGCUUGGUGGGAGCGGAUUAGUACAAGACCAGCUGUGCAGAAAGUUAUGUUUGCUUGA